AUGCCUGCUGCUCGACCACGACCUCCUCGUCGUUCUGCACGACUCAAAGCGCUGCAGACACCCUUUCGAAAAGACAGAAUCUCCAUGGACCAAAUUACUACCGGCCCAGAUCAGCCCAAGUUUCAGAUACAAUGGCUAUCUGCUCCCUUCCGCACCCAGAAGGUCGUUGACUACCUCCGUGACCACUCAGCUGAUUGUCGGAUAUUAUUCCCCUCUGAAGUAAAACAAUCACACCCUGAUGAUGGCCGCCCCUCGGCCAAAGAUAAAGUCUCAAUCUGCGCUAUCAUUGCCAAGCAUGUCUUUGAGGACGAUGUGCAGGUACUCAAAGAAUUUCCGUGGUACGACAAUCUUGCUAUCAUUUUGAGGGGGAAUCCGGCAUUGUCCUCUCGAACGGUUUCAUCACGCCCGGGAACGGACCACGCCGCCAAUUUUUUUUCAAUCUCACAUUCAGCUGGGAGCUCAUACUCUAACGGCUCGAAUUCUGGAAGCGCUCAGUAUGGCUAUGCCCCUGGCACUCAUCCUCAGCCUAAUCUUGCCAGUGCUAAUAAUCCUUCUGGCACUCAUCCUCCUGGCGCUCAUCCUUCUUCCGGCACUCAUCCUCCUCCCGGCGCUCAUCCUCCUCCCGGCACUUAUCCUCCUCCCGGCACUUAUCCUCCUCCCAGUAGUCACUAUGGAUUCAGUCACGCCCCUCAGCCCUAUCAGAUGGGCUACUGCGAGGAGCAUGCCCAGCGCCCCCAGUAUCAUACUCAAUCUCACAGCACGCCUCCCCCCUCUGACUCUCCUCUUGACGAGGAUGAGGACAUCAACAUGCUAGAUUAUUCUACCCUUCCCAAUGAUGGGGAGGGGACAGAUUUUUCGUUUGGUGACCUACCACCAUGCAAUCACCCUGUGAUGCCUGAUUACUGGGACGAACCUAAUGUCAUCAUCCUGGAUAGUCCACCUAAGUCUAGGCCUGCAAGAUCGAAGCGACCACCUCCUCCAUCGUCCCCAUCGCUGUCCCUGUCCCCGUCCCCAUCCCCCUCUAUCACUCCCCCGCCAAAAUCAGACUUCAUUCUACCGCUGAAAUCGCAAACUUCCCACCAUGACAGUUGCAGUUCCUUUGCGCUCGCUGAUCCAAAGAAACGUCCGGGCAUGGCAUCACCCAAGCCUAUCUCUCGCCGCUCUUCAGGGUCGUCCUCGCAGUCUAGACUGUCAUCGUCAUCGGCGCCUGCAGCGCCGACAUCUAAAGCUGUGUCCUCCAUGGGCAAACACAAGCAGACGAAGAAGGCACGGUCCAAUAUUCAGAGCCAAGUUGAUAUGAUCAAGGAUGAGAUCGGGAAUGCGCAGUCGGAUAGGAUUACGAGGGAGGAGCUGAAGAACAAAUUUCUCAAGACUGAACGUGCCGACGAAUGUGUGAAAGCUGCUGCUGCCCAUCAAUGUUCUUUGGAGGCAAAGGCCUCCGAGAUCCGCCUCCGCGAGGCAGAGGCCAAGAUGCAUGAUGCAUUGGCACAUGCACAUGCUGAGGAGGCAACAACGCUCUGCCUCAAGAUUGAACUUGCUCAGCUUACUAAUCCUUCUGGGUCUUGA